AUGGCAAACAAGCUGGGUUUGGGGGAAGUCGCCAGCUUUGAUAAGGCCAAACUGAAGAAAACCAAGACGCAGAACACUGUGCCAACCAAAGAGACCACUGAACAGGAAAAAAGGAAUGAAAUUUCCUAA